UGAUGCAAAUAUAAUCUCUUAUCAAGAAACAAUUGCCAUUAGAACUUUGAUAUAUUUCUUAACUGAUUUAGAAAAGGAGGGCAAAUUAGAAACUCCCUUGACAGAUACUGAAAAAGAAUAUCUUACUGAAGUAGAACAAUUAGAGACUACUCAAAAUGCUAGUCUUCCUGCUUAUAGCACUUGA